UAGAUAAAUAUAUAACCUUUGAAGAAGUUGAAGAAAUUCUUAAGCAUCAAAAUGAUUUGGAUGAUAAAGAUACUCUUAUAACUUCCUAUUUAAUUAACGAUGAAAACGAACCUGUUGAAAGAAUAAAACUAAUCAACAAAUAUUCACAAUGUGGUGAAGAGAAUCAUCACAUUACAAUCGAUGAAGAUGUUGAAUGCUGUCAUAUGCAACAUAUGGAUAGUGUCGAACUCGAAGAAAUCUUGGGUUAUCAAAAAUAUAUGGAUGAACAUAUUUCGGAUGAUGUUGUUGUAAAAGAGGAUGUACAAGAUUUAAUCAUUUCAACGGAAACUCCUAAACCUAAAGAAAACAUAUUUGAAGUAGCAUUUGAAGAAUUAUAUCUAGAUAAUUGUAAAUUUCCGAUCAUAGACCUUCCACCUCCUUAUGAAGAACUGUCAUCAUUCAAGUCAAAUGACGUGAACUUUAAUGAGUUUAAGAUCUUUAUCUUAACUCAUCAUCAGGUGGAUUCGUCUAAUCCGUUAUGGAAUGUAGAUAAUGUUCAAGAUUUUGAAGAAAUGUGUUCAAAAACAUUUAAAGAUUUUAAUAUAAAGGUUCAAUAUGCCAACUUUAUCAAUAAUGUACAAUAUAAUCAAAUUAAACGCAUUAAUCCAUCUUAUGAACAAGCACCUUCUUAUGAACAACUAUCAUCAUCCAAAUCAAAUGAAGUGAAUUUUAAUGAGUUCAAGAAAUUUUUAUUAGAACAUCAUAAUAUUGAUUCAUCUCAUCAAUUAUGGAAAAUAGAUAAUCUUAAAGAUUUUGAAGAGUUAUAUUCAAUAACAUUUAGUAAUUCUAGUCCACAAGAUCGAUAUACUAAUUUUGUCAAUAAUGUACAACAAAAUAUC